UAUGAUUUUUAUUUCUUUUUAUCCCAAUAUUCGGUCCACGGGAUUAUCUAAUUUGGUUUGAGAAUCAGUUUUGACAUUAGUGAUUUCAGUCUCUCUCGCGGUUUCGGGGAUCGAACCGUGCUCUUCCAUACUAAGUUAAGCGUCAAUCACCACUGGAACAACUAAUAUUUUUUGUAUGAACCAUCAAAUCAUCUUUGUUUGAAUGAAUCAAAGAAAUUGGUUCCCAGGCUGUAAGUUGUGAGACCAUAGCGUGUGGGGCCCACUAGAAUCUUCCUUGCCAAGUCAAUCUUCUUCUUCUUCUUCUUCCUCAUCAUCACACAAUUAUUAUUAUACAAUUAGUAACUGAAUUUCAUUCAUCACCAUCUUCCACACAACCCAACCAUGAAAAACAACCUCUUCUUCUCUCUUCUUUUCAUCCUUUCCUUUUCCACACUCACCGUCUUCUCCCACCUUUUCUCUCCUCUUGACAACUACCUCAUCAACUCCGGUUCCACUCUCCCCACCACCCUCCACGAAAACCGUCCUUUCACCGGCGACCUCGUCUCAAAACCUUCCUUUUCCACCUCCUCCCGUCCCCUUUUCAUCAAUAACCAAAACCCACUUCCCAAUUUACCCCCAAUCUACAACACCGCUAGGGUUUUCACUAAACCUACCAAAUACUCUUUCCCCAUUAAAGACAAAGGUACCCACUUGAUUCGUUUUCACUUUCAUGCCUUCAAUUCCUCAAAUCUCGACCUGGGUCGUGCUCAAUUUCAAAUCUUGGUUGAUGGGUAUGUUGUUUUGAGUAAUUUUACCCGUUUUGUUACUGAUUGUCAAACAAACCCUAAGGUAGUUGAAUAUCUUAUCUUAGUUGAAUCUGAAAAGCUUGUGAUUGUGUUUGUGCCAAAUCAAGAUUCCAAAUUGGCUUUUGUCAAUGCUAUUGAGGUCAUUUCUGCACCUAAAGACCUUGUUCCUGAAAAAGCACAGUAUUUGAGUUCAGGGAAUUUGAAGAGUUUUGAUGGUUUAAAUAAUCAAGCUCUUGAAGUUGUGCAUAGAGUAACUGUUGGGGGUCCUAAAGUUACUCCUUUUAAUGAUUCCUUGUGGAGGACUUGGGUUCCUGAUUUUGAAUUCCUCAUAUCAAGUGUUGGGUCUGAAAAAUAUUACUUUGGUGGUAGGAUCAACUAUCGGGUUGGAGGUGCUAGUCGCGAGGUUGGACCUGAUAAUGUGUAUAACACUGCUAGGUUGAUUAGAAGUAAGAAUGAUUCUGUGCCUAAUGUUAAUAUGACUUGGGUGUUUCCAGUUGUGGGUGGAUAUAAGUACCUUGUUAGGUUGCAUUUCUGUGAUAUUGCUAGCAUUUCGAUGCGUUUGCUAUAUUUCAAUGUUUAUGUGAAUGGUCAGUUGGCUUUGGAAGAUUUGGAUCUCUCUCUAGUUACAGAUUCACUGGCUUCCCCGUUCUAUGCUGACUUUGUUGUCGACGUAGAUGUCAGUAUAGGGGCUUUGAGUGUUACUAUAGGUCCUUCAAAGAGCAGCAUUCCACAUGUCAUUGAUGGUAUGUUGAAUGCAGUUGAGGUUAUGAAGUUGAACAAUACACACAAGAGUCUUGAUGGAGAUGUUUGUGCGGAUUUUGUUCUCAAGAGCCGCAGGUCAAGAGGAAAUACUGGUAUUUUCCUUACUUUGGUGGCUGCUGUAUGCAUUGUGUUAAGCUUAUCCAUAGUGAUUCGUAGGAGGAUUAUUGAGUCGAGGGAAUCUGUAUCAUGGUCAAGGUUGCCUGUGAAUUUAUCUGAAAAUAAUGUAAAGGGUUAAGAAAAAAGCAGAUUGGCAAUAUUUAAUCUGCAAGUAAAUAGGUUGUUUGUAGAAUAUCUGCAAAUCUAUCCAUCUUGUUGGUUUUGAUAAGAAAAGAGAAACACGAAAGAGCAUGCUGCUGAUGAAGCCAUGAUGGAUGCCAUAGUUUGAAAGCUCAACUAAUACUACUUGUUAGGGAUUGUUGUAAUAUAUCUAAGUUGUCUUACUUGUUUAUAUAUCAAAAUAUUAAGGCAUAACUUUUGCCAUUACAUUAUUUUGUUUCAAUCAUUUUUGUUUUGCUCUGUUUUUAAAUAUUGUUGCUUUCGUCAUUGUAACUGUUUGAAGUGUGAACAUGAUUUUGUAACUUUCAUUUUGAGUAGUAAUGAGUUUAUUGAUGCCCCAAA